AUGCACGAGCCCAGCAGCUCCACUGCCGACCUCUUCGCUCGUGUGCUCCAAGACGCUGAGCAAAAGGCGCUAUCCUCAGUAGAUGCUGCCGAUAAAAGGUCUGCAAUCGGCGGCUUCCUUGUGUGUCUAGACGUUCCAGAAGCCACGGAAUUUGGCGUCGACUACGAGGUCUUUCGCACCGGGUCAAAGUUCCAAGGCGUCAAGUUCCUCCCAUUAGGAAUACACUUUGUGCUCUUUCGGUCUCGAGAGCAAGAGCACGGCAUUCGACAGGGCUUUUUCAUUCAUAUAGAGAGACACGCACAGGUUGUAGUGCGGGAGUGGAGCCCCGAGGAGGAGGAGCUGGGACCGCCACGACCACGAGUCAACGUAGAAAACAUUGAGCGCGCCGUGCUGUCGUUUCAGCUUGACAGCGGCUUGGGACCGUACCCAAACCAGCAUCUCAAGACGUGGCAACGUCUGUCUAACUUUAUUUCGCCCUUUGUUCUCAAGCACUGUGGCGUAAGCUUCGGCGGCAUCCUGCUCCCUGGCGACGCCGUUGACGACACUUCAACCACGUCUCCAACUCAGGAGAAUGCGAUCGCUUCCUUUCCAGAUCUACCACGAACUGUACGGUUUACUUCGCUACGAAAGACUCGACCGGCUCUUGUGGCUGCAGCAAGGACGACUUACCACUUGGACCGAAGUGAGCGCCUAGACGAGCUGAUUGAAGAGCAAUAUGAUGGCGACUGGAAAAACCUCCUCGGCGAGUUGCAGCUAUCGUUUGUGCUCUUUCUGCAGCUGUCGUCUCUUGCUGCGUUCGAGCAGUGGAAAGAGUUUGUCGCGCUCUUGUCGUCGUGCGAACGAGCUCUGUCGGCUCGUCUGUCGCUCUUUGUCGCUUUUGUCCGACUUUUGCAAACGCAAUUGAAACAGAUUCCGCAAGACUUUUUCCACGAUGAGACGACUCGGCGAAACUUUCUUAGUCCGUGUCUUGUGUCUCUACUUGAGUUAAUUGACGAUGACGAGGCCCCAGACCAGCUCCGUCAGAAGGCUCGACAGUUGCGGCAGCUUCUGGCUCAGCGCUUUCAUUGGGACUUUAGUGCGGAAUUGGAGACGGACGAGUUUGCGCCAGUUGUCGUGUCGACCGAAGAGCUCGCCCGAGCUGCAGCUGUUCAUACAGACAAUCGUGCGGACGACGAAUCGCCCUCAGUCACGCAAACAGCAGUAUCUCUCAUCACUACGCAGGAGCAGCGUCGCAUCCAGCGAGAAGAAGAUGAGCGCAUGAACGUGGCAAUUGCCGCCGCAUUUCUUGCGGGGUGCAUAAAACCGUCGUGA